ACUACCUUACAUACUGUGGAUGUCAUAUCUUUUAUUAUUAUUAUUAUUAUUAAGGCCUUUGGACAAAAAAAAAAAAAAAAAAAAAGACCUGUCACGUCAUUGAUCUAUUUAAGAAUAUAAUAUUGUCAUUGAAAAAUGAAUUACCCACUAACACAUAAUAAUAAUAAUAAUAAUAUAUAUAUAUAUAUAUAUAUAUAUAUAUAUAUAUUUCAAAACAAUUUCUUGUGGCCAUAGCUUGUUAUAUCACAUUUUUCAAGUUAAUUAUAUGGACAAGUUAAACAAAUAAUGGUUUUGCUACUAUUCUUCAUUCUGAUUUAUAGAAAUUAAAGAAUGUUUUUCAGACAUAUUUUUGUGUCAGUGAAAUGUAAUGGGGUCUUAAUCUCUUGCAAAUUACUGUACGUAGAAAGGGCAAGUAAAACCAAAAAUAAAAUAAAUAUGCUUUCACAUAUUCAUUUCUCUUGGGGUUACCAGGCGAUCUUAAAGAAGGCAAGUCAUGGUUUUGGUGUUUUGAUACACUUUAUGAUACACUUGAGACAUAUUCUGUUAUUGACUGAUGCAAAUAUUAAGCCCUGCCCUCUUAGGUUUUACAGUAAAGAUUUACAACACACAGAAGUGAUGGUGAGUAUAAAACAGGAAUUAAUGCUCGCAUCACAAUUGGAGUGGUCACUUGCCUAGAAGGAGAAAUGAAUGUUCAUCUUUUUUUGACACUGACACUACUGUGUAUUAUUAGUCUUUGCCCUGCUGUGUGUGGGGUUAAUUUAGGAACAUGCAUUCUCCAAGGUGACCCUCAGCCCCCUGCUCUCUUCGAGGAUGGAGACUUUGUCAUUGGAGGGGCUUUCACCAUUCAUUACUAUGUGAGGACAGAGAAACACACCUUUACUAGACGGCCACAACCAAUAGAGUGCAGUGGCAGCAUGGACUUCAGAGAGCUGCGCUUUGCUCGUGCCUUGCAGUUCACUAUCCAAGAGAUCAACAACAGCUCUGAUCUCUUACCGGGCAUCACAUUAGGUUACCAUAUAUAUGACUCUUGUGCUUCUGUGCCAAUGGCAAUUAAAGUAGCGUUACAGCUUGCCAACGGACAAGAUCUCGUAUUUAACGACACUGAUUCUUGUUCAAAAUCUUCAGCAAUUCCGGCACUAGUUGGAGAUUCUGCUUCCACGCCGGCUAUAAGCACUUCAAGACUUUUAGGUGCUUUUGGAAUUCCUCUGGUGAGUCAUUACGCAACAUGCGCGUGUCUCAGUGACAAGCGGCAGCAUCCUACUUUCUUCAGGACCAUUCCCAGCGAUCACCAUCAAGCAGCCGCACUGGCACGGAUGGUCAAGCACUUUGGAUGGACGUGGAUCGGAACUGUGUGCAGUGAUUCAGACUAUGGGAACAAUGGCAUGGCAUCAUUCCUGAAGGCUGCGGAGGAGGAGGGAAUCUGUGUGGAGUAUUCUGAGGCCUAUUACAGGACCCAGCCGCGCAGUAAACUGAAAAGAGUCGCUGAUGUCAUUCGCAAGUCCACGGCUCGUGUAAUAGUUGCCUUCGUGGCCGCAGGCGAUAUGAGAUUUCUCCUAGAAGAGCUGAGCCAGCAGCCUCCUCCUCCGAUGCAGUGGAUUGGCAGUGAGGCGUGGGUUACAGACCCACAAAUGCUGCGGUUUGGUUUGUGUAUCGGUGCCGUGGGCGUUGCAAUCCCGCGGUCUGUUAUCCCGGGUUUUCGUAACUUUUUGCUUGACCUGUCUCCAGAGCAGGUGCUGAAAUUUCCCCUGCUGACAGAAUUCUGGGAAAGUUCAUUUAGCUGUAGUCUAAAACAGCAGACAGGUUCUUCUACUGCUAUGCCUGCAUGUAAUGGCACAGAGGAUCUGCGCGCAUUACAGAACCCGUACACAGACACGUCCCAGUUGCGCGUUACUAACAUGGUGUACAAAGCCACAUAUGCCAUAGCUCAUGCCCUCCAAGGCAUUGUCUGUAAAGACAAACGUGACAAAUGUGACAAAAACAUCAAAGUUGAGCCCCGACAGGUUUUUAAUCAACUCAAGCAAGUGAAUUUUACUAAAAAUAAUUAUUCUGUUUCAUUUGAUACCAAUGGAGACCCUGUGGCCACCUAUGAACUUGUGAAUUGGCAGCUUCAAGGAGACGGUUCAAUUGAUUUUGUGACAGUGGGUCAAUAUGAUGCAUCCCAGCCUAAAGGCCAAGAAUUCAGUCUGAGCAAAGAUAUAAUUUGGUUUGAUGGCAGUGAAAAGGUGCCUGUGUCUGUGUGCAGUGUGAGCUGUCCUCCAGGUACUAGGAAGGCUGUGCAAAAAGGAAGACCUGUCUGCUGUUAUGACUGCAUUAACUGUGCAGAAGGAGAAAUCAGCAACGAGACAGAUUCUUUAGAAUGCCAAAAAUGCCUGCCUGAGUACUGGCCCAAUAAUGAGAAGGACAAGUGCCUUCUUAAACCAGUGGAGUUUCUCUACUGGGAUGAAAUCCUUGGGAUUAUCCUGGCAGCUUUCUCGGUUGUUGGCUCUUUAGUGGCUUUGAGCAUUACUCUACUCUUCUACAAAAACAGGGCAUCUCCAAUAGUAAGAGCCAACAACUCAGAACUAAGCUUCCUGCUGCUCUUCUCAUUGACUCUGUGUUUCCUCUGUUCACUUACUUUUAUUGGUCGGCCCACUGAGUGGUCCUGUAUGUUGCGUCACACAGCAUUCGGGAUAACUUUUGUCCUCUGUAUCUCCUGUGUUCUGGGGAAAACAAUAGUGGUGUUAAUGGCCUUCAAAGCUACACUUCCAGGAAGUAAUGUUAUGAAAUGGUUCGGGCCUCAUCAACAGAGACUUAGUGUUUUUAGUUUCACUCUUGUACAGGUUCUUAUAUGUGUGCUUUGGUUAAAAAUAGCCCCACCUUUUCCCUACAAUAACAUGCAACACUACAAAGAAAAGAUCAUUCUUGAAUGCAGCUUUGGAUCAGCUAUUGGUUUCUGGGCUGUACUGGGUUAUAUUGGCCUCCUAGCUUUCCUUUGCUUUGUUUUAGCUUUUCUUGCCCGAAAACUGCCUGAUAAUUUCAAUGAGGCUAAAUUCAUCACAUUCAGUAUGCUCAUAUUCUGUGCUGUUUGGAUCACAUUUAUUCCAGCUUAUGUCAGCUCUCCAGGGAAAUUUACUGUAGCUGUAGAGAUUUUUGCUAUUUUAGCUUCAAGCUUUGGUCUGAUUCUCUGUAUUUUUGCUCCUAAGUGUUUCAUUAUUGUCUUCAGACCAGAGCAGAAUACCAAAAAACAUUUAAUGGGUAAAGUACCAUCAAAAUCCCUUUGAGACAAAUAUUUUACAUGUUUGUGCUAUAUGUGCAAAAAACAAACAAAACAACAACAACAACAACAACAAAAAAUUUAAAUUCACAAUAAAUAUUCUUUGGUAUAGUUUUAUGCUUACAAAUGUUGGCCUAACAGAUGAUAUGUAGUAUAUUCACAACUUGUGUAGUUCAAUAAUGCUACUAUAUUUUAGCAUGUUUCUGUGGUUAAGACAUAAAAAUAAAAACAUUUUUUCC